AUGAAGGAAGUAAUGCUGCAUCUGUUAACCGCCCUCGUUCUAUCACUCAACGGUGUUGCUCCGGGAUACGUGAAUACAUUUGCCCCUACGACACCUACCACAACUACGACUUCAUCAUCAGGGACAACUUCCGGAGGUGCCCUCAGCUGCCGAGGCUCGAAAUACCGCUCGAUCGAUUCCUCCUGCUCCAGCAAAAUCAAUCCAACAUGGGGCAAAGCCGAUCAGCCCUACGCCCGGUUGCUUCCUCCCAACUACGCGGACGGCAUAUCGCGUCUUCCAGUUAUGGCGAACGGCAGUGAAUACGCAAAUGCCCGGAGCUUAUCGUUCAACAUAUUUUCCAUCGAUGAAACACGUGACCCGAACAACACUCUCUUGAACAUAUUCUUUUUGCAAGCGAUCGCCAACGAUUUGAACCAGCCUGCUAACUCAAACGAUGUGGUGCAGUGUUGCGCGAACGGACAGGUGAUUCCGGACGCACCAAGCAGAUGUUACCCCGUGAAGGUUCCUGCUGAUGAUGCACUGUACUCGUGGUUCAAAAUUCGAUGCCUAAACUACGUACGCGCGCUAACGAGUCCACCGAAACAACCAGGGCAGCCCGUGCAGCAAAUUAAUAGUGCAACAAGUUUGCUGGAUUUGUCCUUCCUGUAUGGAUCUACGGUUGUCCAGAGCAACACACUGCGCGCGUUUUCUGGCGGUAGACUAAAGACGGUUAGACGCAAUGGCGGCGAAUGGCCUAUGACCGAUCCGGCCGGAUGUUCGGCGGAAGUUAACGUGUGCUAUCUGGUUGCCGACAGCCGAAGCUAUCAGUUCCCGAUGUCGGCUACGGUGCACCUGAUUUUCCUGCGAGAGCACAACCGCCUGGCAAAUCAGCUAAAACUGGUAAAUCCAUCCUGGACGGACGAGGUACUGUUUCAGGAAGCCCGGCGCAUCAACGUUGCGCAAUACCAGUACAUCGUGUACUAUGAGUAUCUGCCACGCAUCCUGGGGCGUACGAAUAUGCUUUUCGAUCGUUUGAUAUUCGAAGGAACGGGAUUUGCUUCCGACUUUAAUCCGUAUCAAGAUCCUUCUUCUCUGAGCGAGUUUGGAAGCGUGCUGAUUCCUUUUAUGCAAUCACAACUACCCGGUAGCUUUGACUUUUACGUAAACGAUACCAUCCAAUCAGUGCAAUUAAGUAGCAUGACGAGCAAGCUGGACACAUUGGAGAACACGUUUUCCUCAAUUUUUACGGGAUUGCUUACGCAGACGACCAACCUGCUGGACAGCAGCUUUAGUAUUCAGUGGAAAAACUUCAUGUAUCGGGGUCAUGCCUCUUUGGGGCAAGAUCUCCUUGCCCUCGAUAUUCAACGGAUGAGAGACUUCGGCUUUGCACGGUACAAUGACUAUCGGACAAGAUGCGGUCUGAACCGAUUUGCUACGUGGGAAGCGUAUAGCACCGUUUUCAGAAUAGCCUGCCCAACUACCAUCGAUAUGCUGCAGAAGUACUACUCUUCAGUAGACGAUCUCGAUCUCUUCGUUGGCGCAUUGUUUGAGGAGCCUCUGGCGGGGUCCAUGAUGGGUCCAACGUUUCAAUUUAUUAUGAAACAACAGUUCCUUGCAGCGCGCACUGGGGAUCGAUACUUCUUCGAAGCAGGCGGACAAGAGGGAAGCUUCUCGGCCGGUCAGCUGGCUGAAAUACGCAAAACCACACUGGCUCGAUUGAUGUGUAAUGCAUUCCCGACCACGUCGCAGAUCAACGCAGACGUGUUUUCGCCCAUUUCAGCGGAUAAGCCGGCAGUUGCUUGCAAAAACUUACCGAGUGUAAAUCUGGCAUUAUGGCGCGUUUGA